AGACAGAACUGUGCGUAACACCGGAACCACGAGCCUGCAGGAGCGCCGAGCUCCGGGCAGGUAUCUAGAGUACCCUGGAUACAGUACCCUGGAUACAGUACCCUGGAUACGGUACCCUGGAUACAAUAUCGGUGCAGCUCAUGUGAUACCAGGUAGAGGGGAACACAAGGGCAGAGGAGAGGGGAACCCCAGACAAGCCCUGCACAGGAGGCAGGCUGUGCAGUCUGGACACAGCCAUGAAGCAACAUGCAGCAGUUCUAGAGGAAUCUCCCCCGGAGGAGGCAGGGCCCCUUGUCCACAGUAUCCACGGGCCGCACAGGAUCAGGCCCUCUUCAUACCGGGCCCUGCGCAGUGCUGUGUCCACGCUGGCACGCAUUGAUGACUUCACCUGUGAGAAGAUCGGAGCAGGUUUCUUCUCAGAGGUCUUCAGGGUGCAGCACCGCGUGUCCGGACAGAUCAUGGCUCUAAAGAUGAACACUCUGCCCUGUAAUAAGGCCAACAUGCUCAAAGAAGUCCAACUGUUGAAUCGACUGUCUCACCCCAACAUCCUCAGGUUUAUUGGAGUUUGCGUCCACCAGGGCCAGCUCCAUGCUCUCACAGAGUACAUAAACGGGGGGAACCUGGAGCAGCUGUUGGCCAGUGACGUGUACCUGUCAUGGAGCGUGCGUCUGAGCCUGGCCCUGGACAUUGCACGAGGACUGGAGUAUCUGCACAGCAAAGGCAUCUUCCACAGGGACCUCACCUCCAAGAACUGCUUGGUGCGCUGGGAGGGCAGUGUUUGCACAGGGGUGGUGGGAGAUUUCGGCCUGGCAGAGAAGAUCCCAGAUUACAGUGAUGACGGUACGCAAGAGCCCUUGGCUGUGGUGGGCUCCCCCUACUGGAUGGCCCCGGAGGAGCUCAGAGGAGAGGUCUAUAAUGAAAAGGUGGAUGUGUUUGCGUACGGUAUCAUCCUUUGUGAGAUCAUCGCGAGGAUACAGGCCGACCCUGACGUUCUGCCACGCAAAGAGGACUUUGGUCUGGACGUGGAGACGUUUCAGCACAUGGUUGGAGACUGCCCUCCUGACUUCCUGGAUCUGGCCAUUACCUGCUGUAAUAUGAGUUCAGAGCUGCGUCCGUCCUUUUCACAAAUAGCACUGGAGCUGGAGCAGAAGCAGGCGGAGAGGAAGCAGAAGGAACAGACUCUGGUUAAAGCUACCUCAUCUCCAGUUAACCCUCUGCGUCGUCGUUCGCUCGGCUUCCCGACAGACACUCGACCGUUGGACAUGCUCCACUCCCCAGACACGCCUCCUUGUGUCAUCCCCACCCACCUCACACGUGUCAACCCCUUCUCACAGAGAGAGGACCUGAAAGGGGGCAAGAUUAAACUUUUUGAUACCCCCAGUAAGUCCGUUAUUUCCUUGACCUUCACGCUGCCCCCUCCUCCGGACUCCUGUGAUGGGACACCAGCGUCCAAGGACCCUGAGCCACGGACACACAGGCGCAGUCUCUCUCUCCCCUGUACCCCACCCCCCCACCUCACCUCUGCCCCUAAAACAGUCCUGAACGAGGAGGAGGAUAGUGUGCAAGUGAAUGGUGUGAGUGAAGAGGAGAGGCUUUUAGUAGAAAGCAUAGGCCACGGCGGGACAGGGGCGGGGGACUCGAGACUGCCACUCUAUGCUGAGCCCGUGUCCCUGGAACUAUCAGAGGAGAAAGAGGUGGAGCCCAUGGACUACGCCAACUCUCCAGACACUCAGGACAGCUCUUCCUCGUAUUAUAAAUUGACCCCACCCCCCUUCCACUCCUCCACUCCUCUGUCAAACAGCUGGGGGUCCGCCAUCUCCAACGGGCCCCCGUGUUUGCCCCCCCUCACUAACCCAGAGAACAAUAAUGUGGUUCCUGGAUGUCCUAUUGGCUGGACGUCUCCUGAUGCACCCACAACCUUGGACAACAAUAACGGGUAUCAUUCCACGCCCACUGACCCAGGCACCCUGUCGCCUUUUGGUUCGGGCAGUGGACACUCUCUAGACCAGGAAGAGGUCAUAUCCUGUCCCGGCUGCUGUCUGCCAGGACUGCACUUCCCCUCUGUGUGCCUGCGCGCUCCGCAGAGGAGGAACGCCUAUAAGAACCUCAACAGGGACACAGCCUCCCUCCCCCACCCCCACAGUGACCACCUCCAGUCUGGGGCCGGGACGGUCACUGCCCAGUGCACUGACCGACCUGAAACAGCAGCACAUAUAAACUCAGCAGGUGUACUACUAUAAACUAAUGUGGGUCUGGUACCAUUUCUGUUCAGUUAUUCAGAGCUGGAUUGAAAGCAGAUGGGGGCAUUAUAACCCUGACUCCAAGGUGAUUACAUUGAAAUGACCUGUUCACAAAAUCAAGCUUAAAUGUUAAACAAGAAUGUGUAUUUUAAAUUAAAAAGUGACUUCUUGGCAUUGGCUGGUCAGGCCUUAAACACCAAAACAUCUCUGUUUUAAAGCUCUUCCUCUUUGCACACGUCCUGCCCACACGUUUGGUGCAGAGGCUCCACAAUGAAAAAUUGAUGAAUGCUCUGCUUCAGUGCAGCGCCUCCCCCUGGUUUGGAGGAGAGUUUUUGGCACCCUCUGCUGGGCUGAUGGCGCCAUCGUGCCUGUGUCUUGUAAACUGUAUAUUUGCUGAUGAACCAAGGAAUGUUGAGCUUAGUAUUACUGCUGUUGCACUUCCAUUGUAUUGUUGUGAAUAAAGUUUAAUAAAACAGAUUCUUAUUAUUU